AUGACCCCACCAGCAGUGCAUCUUCUGGAUGAUGGGAUCUCCUAUAUGAACAGUGAUUAUCGACUGAAGACGCCUUCUGCCUCAGAGGAUACAGUUCUUCAGAGGUUCCAUAUCGUUAGAAACCAUCAUACACGUAAGCCAAGCAAAACUGCGAGGCUGAAGAAGGCGAAAAAAGGAGUGGCAACACACCCUGGCAAAGAACAGCCCCCCAUACCCAGCGGGAAGGUGUUUGGUGUGCCACUCGCUGAGCUGGAGAAAGACGGCCUGGUGAUGGAUGGAGUGCCAGCAGUGGUGUGGAGCAUUGUGGAGUACUUGCGCAGUGAAGGGAUAAGUUAUGAAGGCAUCUUCCGAGUAAACGGAAACGUCAAACUGGUGAAUGAACUCCGUGACAGAUAUGACCGGAGUGAACCAGUGACGCUACCGGAGCAAGGGAAUGUCCCUGCCGCUGCCAGUCUCCUGAAGCUCUUCCUCAGAGAGAUCCCGGACGGGCUAAUCUCCACUGCAGUACUUCCCAACCUUAUGCAGUGUUACCAGGAGAAUGAAGGAGACACACCACCGGAACGCAGCUGGAUGGAAGUGAUAAAGGAGUUGCCGGAAGCCCAUUACCGCCUGCUGAAUUACAUCUGCCAUUUCCUGGCACAGGUGGCUGCACAUAGUGCAGACAACAAAAUGGAUGCCAACAAUCUGGCCAUAGUGUUUGGACCAAACUGCUUCCGUGUGGCUCCUGACAUUGAUGGAGUGAAGCAGCAAGCGAUCUGCAAUAAGAUCAUGGCAGAGCUGCUUAAUGAAUAUGCCAAGACAUCGAACGCAUGUGAACACACCAAUACGGACAAGGUGUGUGAGACCAAGCCUGAAGAACUGCUUGAGGAAGCUGAGGUGCAGGAGCCACCACAUGAGAUCCCCCAGGCUAGCCUGAUGGUGGCAGAGAGCCUGCCCUCCACUGACUGCAUGGACCCGGAUGGUGACAUGCCCAUAGUAACCAGCACAGACUCCCCUCACAGGGAGAUGAUUGAUGAGGAAAACGCAGCUUCUGGGUGCAGGAGAUUGGAAGAAGCUGAUGGGAUGCCCAAGGUGGACAUCUAAUGUCAUAAACAAACAUUAUAUCUGCCCGAUACUUUGUAUCUACCGCAAACAUUGUAUCUAUCGCAAACUUUGUAUCUACCUGACACUUUGUAUCAACCGCAUACAUUGUAUCUACUUGAAACUUUGUAUCUUAAAAAACAUUGUUUCUCAAACUUAAAAUUUUGUAUCUACCUGACACUUUGUAUCUUUCGCAAACUUUUUAUUUAGAGAAAACUUUGUGUCUUUUGCAAACUUUGUAUCUACCGCAUGCAUUGUAUCUACC